GGAGUUAAAGGGAGGCUGUCUGCGCUCAUACGGGUCUAAGCCUGUCAGUCUCUGAGCCUCGCGAGCCGAACUCACUCACUCACUCAGUCCGCGCUCAGUGACAGACAGUGAGGGACUGCGCGCGAGAGAGAGGGUCCACCCUGCACCAGCUGCUCAUCACUGCUCAUCACUGGAUACCGGUUUAAGAGAGAAAGUGAACAGAGAGACAGCGCAGGUCAACAGCACAGCAGGAGAUACCGGCAGAGUUCAUGCUCGCGCUCCUGACAUCUCCCCUGACUCCAGACACCGCCGGAGCGCAAUGCUGCUGAUGAGGAGGAUCGCGCGCGCAUCCCUGCUCCUCUGCCUCUUCCUCGCGUCCUGCGGGCUCGCGUGCGGUCCGGGCCGGGGCUACGGGAGGCGCAGACACCCCAAAAAACUCACGCCUCUCGCCUACAAGCAGUUCAUCCCCAACGUGGCCGAGAAGACCCUGGGCGCGAGCGGCAAAUACGAGGGCAAGAUCACGCGCAACUCCGAGCGCUUUAAGGAGCUCACGCCCAACUACAACCCUGACAUCAUCUUCAAAGAUGAAGAGAACACCAACGCGGACAGGCUGAUGACACAGCGCUGUAAAGAUAAGCUGAACUCGUUGGCCAUCUCGGUGAUGAAUCACUGGCCGGGAGUGAAGCUGCGAGUGACCGAAGGGUGGGAUGAAGACGGGAAUCACCUGGAGGAGUCUCUGCAUUACGAGGGCCGGGCGGUGGACAUCACCACGUCUGACCGGGACAAGAGCAAAUACGGAAUGCUGUCCAGACUGGCUGUAGAGGCGGGCUUCGACUGGGUCUACUACGAGUCCAAAGCUCACAUCCACUGCUCCGUUAAAGCAGAAAACUCGCUGGCGGUGAAGGCCGGCGGCUGCUUCCCUGGCUGGGCUACGGUGCAGCUGGAGGACGGGGGGACGAAACCCGUGAGGGACCUGCGUGUGGGCGACCGUGUGCUGGCGGCGGAUGAGGAAGGGCGAGCAGUCUUCAGCGACUUCAUCAUGUUCAUGGACGAGGCGCCGCGUGCACGCAGGCAGUUUAUCGUCAUUGAGACGGCGGAGCCUGUGAGGAGACUGGUGCUAACUCCUGCGCACCUGCUGUUUGUGCGUUCCUCCUCCUCUUCCUCCUCCUCUUCAUCUUCUUCACUGAUGUCCGCAAGGUUUGCAAGCAGGGUGCAGGUCGGCCAUGAGGUCUUCGUAACUGACGGGAUCACGGAGGAAGGAGUUGGGCGUGUAUUACAGAGCGCACGUGUUGUGAGGGUGUACUCUACAGAACUGGAGCACGAGGGGGCGUAUGCGCCGGUGACCGUGCACGGCACGGUGGUGGUGGACCAGGUUUUGGCGUCGUGCUACGCUGCUGUAGAGCAGCACUGGUUGGCGCACUCGGCCCUUGUACCCGCCAGGCUGAGCUACGCGGUGGCGGCCUGGGUUAGGCCGCACUGGCUGCUGGGAAAGAGUGCUACGACAACCAACGUGACGACAACAGAGACGGAAGGGCACAAGGGCAGUGGACUGCACUGGUACGCUCGCCUGUUGACGCAGGUGGGCUCGUGGCUCCUGCACCACGGCUCUUUCCACCCACUCGGACUCGUGGACAUGGCGACGAGUGCGAGCUGAGAAACAUAGGACAGAAAAACAGACAGUCAGACAGACAGACAAACACAUGGUCACAUGACACAUGUCACAUGACAUUCCCCUUCCUUCCCCUGUGUGCGCUCUUAACGAGAAGCCUUAACGCAUUUUCAGUCUUCAGUUAUUUAUUCGGCAGUUUGGAGGGUUUCGUUUUUGUUUCGUUUGUCUUUUUAUUUAUUUAGAUAUUUUUUUGCUGUUGCGUUUUUAUUUGUCCAUUUUUUUUUACCCUUGGAAACACGUUAAAAAAUGCACGUGGACGCACGUGAGCAACUAGCUAUAUUUUCCUGGAUUCCUGGACACACUCUCACACAUUCUCUAAAUUAUAUUUUUAUACAGAUUUGUAUAUUAGAGAAUUCUGGGACGGAUCUACUUGUAUGUAUGUAUGUGUGUGUGUGUGUGUGUGUGUGGGUUUAAGUGUGUAGGUGUGUGUUGAACCGUGGACCUGAGAUCAGUGGACUUAACGAGGUGGGAACGAGCUGCUACAAGUGUGCGUGUGUGUGUGUGUGUGUGUUUACAGCAGUAGUGUGUUUUGUGGUUUCACCUAUACACUCACCGAUGUGAGAACCGAUGUGGAAAUAAAGUGGUUGUAAUAGAGAA